UCUCCUCAAAUCCGAGAAAGAUCGGAGUUUUUCUUGAGGUAGAGCUGGGCACCAUUCCCCUUCCCAUCCCUUAGCCAAACCUUGAGAAAAAACCUGUGAAGCAUGUAGAACAAACCGUCUCAAGCAUCGAUUCAGAUCCACCAAAAAAACCACAAAAAAAUCACUUCCUUCGUAGUCCCUCAGAAGUAGCAGAGUUGCAUACCUAGCUAGGCUGGAUUUAUCCCCACUGAGUCCUUAGCACAAAAUCUAGAAAAGCCUCCAGAUCAUGUAAAUUUGUCCACCAUCUUUGCUUUGCCACCCAGACCAAAAAACACCAAAAAAAGUUGACAGAAAAUCCAAUCAUGUUUCCCUAGCAGUAGACGUCAGUCCGGUCUCGUGAUCCUGGAGCCAAUCCUCCCACAGCCGUAGCAUUACCCCUGAAAAAACCAUCAAAUCAUGUAAUUAGUGCAGCGCAUCCCCCUAUUUCCAUUCCACCACAUUCGCCAAGAAAAAACCAAAAAAAUAGAAGAGAGAGUUGGCUGCUUAAGCCGCGAGGUGCUGUGAUGGAGGCGGCCACCACGGGGGCGGAGACGCCGAACCUGUCGACGCCGGCGACGCCGGGCACGCCGGCGCCGCUGUUCGCGGGGCCGAGGGUGGACUCGCUGUCGUACGACCGCAAGUCGAUGCCGCGGUGCAAGUGCCUGCCGGUGGACGCGUGGAUGGCGCCCAACGCCUGCGUCCUGGAAAUCCCCGCGCCGGACAUCUCGCUCACUCGCAAGCUGGGCGCUGAGUUUGUUGGCACGUUCAUCCUCAUCUUCUUCGCGACGGCUGCGCCGAUCGUGAACCAGAAGUACGGCGGCGCGAUCUCGCCGUUCGGCAACGCGGCGUGCGCGGGGCUGGCAGUGACGACCAUCAUCCUGUCGACGGGGCACAUCUCCGGCGCGCACCUGAACCCGUCGCUGACCAUCGCGUUCGCGGCGCUGCGCCACUUCCCCUGGCUCCAGGUCCCCGCCUACGUGGCCGUCCAGGUGCUGGGCUCCAUCUGCGCCAGCUUCGCGCUCAAGGGCGUCUUCCACCCCUUCCUCUCCGGCGGCGUCACCGUCCCCGACGUCACCAUCUCCACCGCCCAGGCCUUCUUCACCGAGUUCAUCAUCACCUUCAACCUCCUCUUCGUCGUCACUGCCGUCGCCACCGACACCCGAGCCGUGGGCGAGCUCGCCGGGAUCGCCGUUGGAGCAGCCGUGACGCUAAACAUCCUUGUGGCCGGGCCGACGACGGGAGGGUCGAUGAACCCGGUGAGGACGCUGGGACCGGCGGUGGCUGCGGGGAACUACAGGCAGCUGUGGAUAUACCUGGUGGCGCCGACGCUGGGCGCGGUGGCCGGCGCCGGCGUGUACACGGCGGUCAAGCUGAGGGACGUCAACGGCGAGACCCCGCGCCCGCAGCGGAGCUUCCGGCGCUGAUCGAUGCGCGCACACAACUCCGAUCCCAUCCGUGCGUGUCCGGUUGGUCGCUGAAUGCUGAUCAACGCUUACUUAUUACGAUCUCUCUGGCGAGCUGCAACUACUACAUACAGUACUACGAUUACUACGAUCAGGUAUGAUCGGUCCAUUACUACGAUUUCCAGUUUCCAGUUUCCAGUGAGACUGCCUUCAUACCGUGAGUCGCUCUGCUUCGUUCAGAACGACGUGGACUUGUGUUUCAGUUAAUUUGUGAACCAUCUGCGGUGUUCGCCGCUCGGUCGUGUAGUGUCAGUUUCAGUGUCAAAAUAAACGCCGAUGCGCCGGCUGGCGGGCAUCUGGCCGCGUGAAUGUACUGAACCAAAGACUCCUUUGAUUAAGUGGUAUACUGUAUGUCUGUAUCCA